UCUCUGCCGCCGCCUCUUCAUUCCUCUUCUGGAGAAGGAGCGAGCGGCGCGGCUCCGGAGCAAUGGCCGCGUUCCUCGGCGGCGCAGGAGGAGGAGGAGGAGGAGGGAGCCUCGGGAGCGGGGUCUGCCCGUGGCCGCGCUCCCCUCUGGGCUCGGCGCUGGGCUGGGAGCCGCUGCUGCCGGGGCUGCAGAUCCGCUCGCGCUCGGUGGAGCAGACGCUGGUGCCGCUGGUGGCGCAGAUAACCACUCUCAUUAACCACAAAGAUAAGCCAAAACGGUCAGACAAGACUUUGAGAGCAGUCCAGCAAGUGGGUCAAGCGGUUAAUUUGGCUGUUGGAAGAUUUGUUAUGGUGGGCGAAGCCAUAGCCAAUGAGAACCAAGAGCUGAAAGAGGAAAUGAAGAUUGCCUGCACUGAAGCAAAGCAAGCUGGGGAAACCAUUGCACAGCUUACCGACAUAGCAGCUUUGGAUCAUCCAGAAUCCGAUGGCCAGAUAACCAUUUUUACAGACAAAACCGAUGUGGUUAAGGCUGCAAGAUUGCUCCUUUCUUCAGUGACAAAAGUACUGGUACUGGCUGACAGAAUAGUUGUUAAGCAGAUUAUAAAUUCUAGAAACAAGGUCCUUUUAACCAUGGAGCGGCUAGAAAAAGUCAUUAGUUUUCAGGAGUUUGUGCAAAUAUUCAGUCAGUUUGGAAAUGAAAUGGUAGAAUUUGCUCAUCUAACUGGAGAUCGACAAAAUGAUCUAAAAGAUGAAAAGAAAAAGGCUAAGAUGGCAGCUGCUAGGACAAUUCUUGAGAAAUGUACAAUGAUGCUUCUCACAGCUUCCAAGACCUGUUUAAGGCAUCCUGACUGUGAAUCUGCACGUGUAAACAAAGGAGCCGUGUUCCACAGAAUGAGACUAGCUCUGGAGCAGGUAAUAGAGAUUGUAACAGAUGCUCGACUCAUUGGAGAGAAUGAACCAGGGCCAGUGAGCAUCUAUACUGGCAUCAAAGAAUUCAAGAAUAAAGUUGAAGGUUUGCGAGAGAACAUUUAUCAUCUAUCAAAGGAAAACCUUUGGGCAUUGCUGCGUGUUGUCCUUGAACAUACAGAAGAUUUUACAGAUUCGGCUUACACUAGCCAUGAGAACAGGGAACGCAUCUUGGAGCUGGCUAAGCAAGCAAAGAUGGAAAUGGAGCAGUUGGUGUCAGCAUGGAUGUAUGCUCAAAGUCAGAAAAAGAAGGAUGUCACAGAAGAUCUGGAAUUAGCCAUAUUGAAAACGUGUCAGUGUAUGAACGAGCUUCACAGAGAACUCCACAGUGUAGCAACUUCUGUCGCAGCAGACCUGAUAAAGUAUCAUUCAGAUCACCUCAUUCUGAAAGCACUGAAAAUCUGUGGCGCUGAAGGAAACAUAGAAGCUGUUGCAGAACAUAGCUGUAAGCUGUCUGAACAGAAAGAACAACUGAUUGAAAUAUGUCAUUUACUGAGACAUGUUUCUGGAACAGAGCCUCUUGAAAUUACUUGCCUACAUGCAGAAGACACAUUUCAGGUGACUGGGCCUCAGAUAAUCUCUGCUGCCGAAACUCUGACUUUGCAUCCUUCCAGUAAGAUUGCAAAAGAAAAUCUGGAUGUCUUCUGUGAGGCUUGGGAGUCCCAGCUGAGCGAUAUGUCCCUGCUCCUAAGAGAAAUCAGCGAUGUGUUUGAAGGAAGACGAGGAGAGAAGCGUACAUACCUGUCACUACCCAGGCCAGGGAAACAUAAUUCAAAUUUGAAAGCUUUAAAGCCAGUCAGACUUGACAGUGAGGAACAAAACAAACUUGGGAAAGUAGGCUUAGAACUGCAUAAGCUGGCAAUUCGUGUUGACUCCGAGAUGGAGAAAUGGGAAGACCCAGAAAAUGAGAUUGUACGACAUGCUCAAGGCCUAUCCAGCAUGGCCUAUUCCAUGUAUUUAUUUACAAGAGGGGAGGGGUUGCUGAAGACGACCCAGGAUUUAUUUCAACAAGCAGAGGCCUUUGCAACAGAAGGAUUAAAGCUUGCCUCGACUCUUCUUUCAUUUUCUAAUCAGCUAGAAGAUGAUGACAAACCAUUGCUUCUGCAAGAAAUUGACAAGAUGGUCCCUGCAUAUCAACAGCUUCAGGUAACAGCUAAAACCCCUGUCCAGGGUAAGACUGCAACUUUUACAAAGGUAGACACCUGUAUUCACAAUGUAAAGUGUAUUCUGGAUAUCCUGGCUCAAGUUCUUCCACUCAGUUGCAAGUUGCAUAGAAAGCACAAGGCAGGAAAUGGCUAUUUCAGAGCGCAUCGUCCUUGGAGAGAAAAUGGCCUUCACACAGCUGCAAAAGAAGCCAGUGGCCCAGCCAGGAGAACUGACCUUUUUGGCAUCAGGUCCCUGGAACAACAUGUAGCAAACCUUACAGUUUGGGACAACAAACCCUUCUGAAGGUGCUUUAGGGGAAUGAAAAAAUUUCCUAAUGGGAGUUGGACACAGAGCCGAUCCUAAUUGCUUUCUUUUGAGAAAGGUGAAACCAGGUUAGAAAAAGCUGUUGUAACCUUUUCACAUCUAAUAGAUGUCACAGUCCUUAGCCAUUAACAGAAGCAACAGUCUACUUUAAUGGCUGAAUACUUUUGUAAAGUAAAUAGCUUUUUGUCUACUGUUAAUACUGCUAUUUUUGUAAUCAUGUAUGCCCAUGAAUGUGUUACUCUUCAGAUCUCAAGGAUGCUGCUAUGGAUGUUAUAAACAUGAACUGGAUAUGUCACAUGACAAGCUACUGUUUUUAAUUAACUUGUGUGAGCCUAGGAUCCUAGUCUAUUAAUAGCAGAGGGUUGCUUUGAACAAGGAGAGUAAUGGGCUAUCUCCUACCACUAGGUUCUCUCGCCACAUAUACCACUUUAACAACUUGUUGAGCAACAGAGGUGAGUGGGAUGUGAGAAAUGCAGUGUCUCUUAAAGGGCUAGAUGGGUCCAAAGGCACCCAUGCUGUUGUCCCUUCUUGUAGAAGUGUCGUUUAGUUGCAAUAAAGCUUUAAUAAUGAAAGCCUUCAGAAACCUCAUUUUUUAUAAAAUAUGCUUACCAAUGGAAAGCUAAAAAUAAAGGUGAUUGUUAGUGAUAUUAGAAACAAACUACACUUAGGAGUCUUCUUUAGCUAUAUUUCUUUUUCUAUUACACACAACUUCAUAUUAGAAAUGUUAAUAGUGUGGACCUAAGCAACUAUCAAAAAUAACUGCUAAGCUAUUUCGUGAAAGAACUGGGUUACAGGCGGUGGCCUUAAAUGCAAUGCUUGAGCCUUCACUUUUAGUGUGGUAGAACUAAGUUUCAUUUGGAAGAAAGUUGUAGUUAUUAAGGUCUAUCACUACAAAGAGGGCAUUACGUUUUCUUACAUUUUUGGUAGAGAUUAAAUAUUCUUCUCCAAGCGUCUUUUGAGGUGUAUGUAUAUUUAUUGUUUUAACUGAUAUAUCAUUAAAUGCACCAGCCUGAAGUUU